ACCUCGGGCGGCAGACCCGCCAGGACGGGCCCUGCAUCUAACACAUCGUCCUAUAGCAAAUCAUAGUCACACCUUAGCGUCACAUUCAGUCCUCCAGCUUUCUAUACCUUCUUGUCGCUCCACAAAACCUCGUUGUCUGAUUGUGAACUCUCAACCCCGUGGUCGGGAAAUGUCAAAGAGAGGCCCGUGCUGCAGCAGGGGGGGCGUAAAUAAAAUAAAAACAACAGUUUAUUGCUUUAUUUUCAGAUAAUUUAUUUUCCUUUCUUAUUUAAACAAGUGUCAUAUACAAUACUAGCAUCAUAAACCGACGCGUAUAUGACCAGCUCCUCUCGCAAUCACCGUUGACAACAAUUUGCAGUCUUGAUCAUUCUCGUCUCGCAUAACAAUCCUUGCCAAACAUGUUUCAGCUGUCCUGCUGAGCUAUGGGGAGCUGUUGGAGCUGUCUAUACAGAGACCCUAUCCAAGACAACCAUCUCACUAAAUUCAAGGUGACCAAUGUGGAUGAUGAGGGGAAUGAGUUGGGUUCAGGGACCAUGGAGCUCACCCAGACCGAGCUCAUCCUGCACACACGCAAGAGGGAUGCCAUCCGGUGGCCCUACCUAUGUCUGCGGCGCUAUGGCUACGACUCCAACCUCUUCUCAUUCGAGAGUGGCCGGCGCUGUCAGACUGGACAGGGGAUCUUUGCGUUUAAAUGUUCUCGUGCGGAGGAGAUUUUCAACCUCCUCCAGGAGCUGAUGCAGUGCAACAGUAUCAAUGUGGUGGAGGAGCCUAUGAUCAUGACCGGCAGCGGACACGCACGAGAGAUAGACAUUCCUCGAACACCACAGACACCCAACACUCCAUCAUUCCCUGUCCAGAGUUUUCCCAAUGGAUAUCCGGGGUAUCCCAUGAGAGCUGAAUCCUCCCAGCCCUCUCUAACUGACGACCCACAUGGCCACAGCCUCAUGGGCCUGGAUGACCAGGCUCACACCUAUAUGAAUACUGUUACUGUGGAUGGGGAACUCUCCAGUCGACACUGUGUACACUCUCUACCUGAGGUGCGGCCCACCUCCUUCAACGAGUCAACCCGAGGAGCCAUGCCUGUUGGGGGCCAAGGAGGUGGGAAGGCCAGCAUGCACUGCUGCCCACUGGAGGAACAACGCAAGGAACCCCAGGUAUUCCUCCAGCCCUCCUCUCAGGAGGUCAAAUUCAUGCUGGGACCCACCCCUGCACAGCGCCACCUGCUAGAGAGGGAGAGGCAUGGGGGCCACAAUCCCCAUCUCAUGCUGCCUGUAGAGGGCACCACAGGCUCAGAGGCAGAGGGGGACGAGCCUCCUCUGCACUUGUGCAACUCCCACUCCUACCACCACCCUCACUAUCACCAUGUGAUGCACCGGCACCCUGGCCACGAGCACCAGGAGGGCUGCCAGGGCAGCCAGCUCACCUAUGAGAACAUCAACGGCCUGAGAGGGGGGCGCCGGAUGAGACUCAGCCCCAGCAGCGUGUCCCAGUCUGUGGGCUCCAGCAGCAGCAGCAGCACCACCGGAGACAGUCACGCACAAUCACACCCACACCCUCUCCAACCGCACCCCCACGGCCCAUCCUCUCUGCCCCCUCAGGGGUACCCCUGUGAGCGGGGCGUAGGGAUGGGCGGAGGUCACCGGCGGACAGCUCUGCUCAACUACGAGAACCUGCCGUCGCUGCCGCCGGUGUGGGAGUACCGCGCCCUGCAUAGAGACGAGGAGCAGGACGAAGAUGACGAGGAACAGGAUGAGGAGGAGUACGAGGAAGAGGAAGAGGACUUUGACGAGUACGAGUUUUCAGAGGGUCCUGGGACGCCCAACGGUUACCACCAGGACGGGCUGGGGAGGGGGGGAAUCCACCGUGACGCCCUGCAGAACUAUGUCAACACAGAGCAGGUCCAGCCCAGCCGGCUGCGACAUGCCUGCCCCACUCACCUCCAGGCCUGCCACCCCCAGUCGGACCGUGGCGGACGAAUAUUCAGCUUUGAUUUCCGUAGGCGGCCGGGAGGAGGGUUUGGUCGGGGAGAGGGCUGUGAACACGGUCAUAUGACCCCAUCGAGGCAACUCAACUAUAUCCAGGUGGACCUCGAUGCAGAGCCGCCAUGCCAGGCCCUCGGUGGGGGUGGAGGAGGAGCCCAGUCUCAGCACCAGCCACUACAGCCACAGCACCAGCGCCUGCCACCCCUUAAAUGUGGCCCCCAGCAGGCCCCACGGCGCAGUGAGUUCUACGCUGUGAUCGACCUGAAGAAGACAGCAGCCAUGUCCAACUUGCAGAAAGCCCUCCCCCGGGACGAUGGGACGUCGAGAAAGACUCGCCACAACAGCACAGACCUGCCUCUGUAGACGCAGUGAGGAGGAGGAGACAGAGAAAAAUGAAGGGAGGGAGAAGAGAGAAACAGGCUUGGUUGGAUAGACUGGUAUAAGUAACUCAGCAGCACACGGGACCCCUCACUCUCAUCCAGCCAUCCACCUGUCAUUUUCUGUCCUGUUCUGUCCUGACCUGACCAGUUGGAUCAUAUACAGGUACCUAAUUAGAAAACUAAUUGAAACCUAUCCGUACAUAUUCCACUUGAUGGAGCAAGAUUGGUUUGAAGUUGCAAUAUUAUUAUGGGUCACUUUCUGACUGUGGUGAGAUGCUGUCUGAGUUAGCAGCAGAAACCUUGGUCGUGGUUGGCUGGGUUUAUGGUUAAAGCCUUUAGCUGCCAUUGUUUAUGGUCCUCAUUCCAUUAUCAUUCAGUGUUGUUGUUUUAUUUAUUUUACAUCCCUGUUUACGAACAUGAACUACUAUCGAGUACAGGUUUACUAGUCCACAUUGUUAAAUUGACAGAACAUUUCCUGAUAUGAAAAAUAGUUUAUUAUUCCCUCAAUUGUAUUCUAAUAAUGUGCAUUCUUCACCUCACAAGCACUUCUUUUGGCCCUGUGACUGAUAGAAAGGACAGAUGAUGAUAUAUAUUUAUAACUAUCUGCCAUCAGGAAUUAGUACAGAUCAGUACAGUUUGCACAUAAUCCUUUGGAAUUGUAAAAUCGUACAUCCUAUCGAGUAUUAUAUUUUGAGUCUAAAAAAGACCUCACAGCAGAUUUCUUUUUUUAUGUAUCAAUUUUCUCUCUCCUCAAGAUUAAAUAUAAAUCUUUCACGUUGAAAUUGUAUUUAAAAUGGAAAUAAUAGUUUUCCUUCAUAUAAUGAUAGUGUGUUGAUAGACAUUCAGCAUCCUCUACUGCCCCCCUACACACAGAUGAUUGAAUUGACCUCUGACCACAUAUCAUUCCACUUGAAUAAGGAAUCCAUAUCUAAUUCCUAAACUAUGCUUACCUUUGCACUUUUUACCUUCGGGGCCAGACACUGGCCACUGAUGUCCCCAAAGUUCAGAAUCCCUCUGCUCUGGAGUAACAGUAAGGUUGUGCUCUGACAAACUCCUUAGAGAUGGUGAUGUCAUCACACAGGCCCAAACUAUGUAUGGAUGUUGUUGUUUUUGCAACAUUAUAGAGACCAAUAGCAACUGGAAUUUUUCGGAGCAGAAUUUGAUAAUGGCUUGAAGAUAAUACAAAUAACCUCACAUAAAAAGUAGGUCUUCUUGUUUACUAUUUUAGUAAGUAUCAGAUUGAUAACUGAGGGUCUGAGGGGAAUAUAUCACUAUGUGUAAUGUUAGCUGUUUAUGGAAAGUCUAUCAGUGAACAUUUGACUGAGGAUAUUAUUUUAUUUAUUCAUUCAUCGAAAUGUCUAUAUUGUGAUUGUUUUGCAAAAAAAUGUGACGACCAGUUUUUCAUAAUCCAGUCAGUUGGUGAUUUGGAGACCAAAGUAUCACCAGUCAUCAGCACACUGUCUGGGACACCAUUGUAAUACCAUUGUUAUGCCUGUAAUUAAUAACAUUACAUUCUGAAGAAGACUGUAUUAAUAUAUUAAAGUGCCAAAUCUUUAGUUACCUGUAUGAACAUUAUGAAUCAAAUCAAUGUUCCAUUAGGAUUUGUAGAAGAAAACUUGAGGGCUAAGAGGCAAGAAGGAGUUAGCCUACAUGUCAAAAACAAAACAAAAGUUGGAGUUCAAGGGCCAGUUUAUUAGGUACACCUAUCUAGUACCGGGCCUGACCCCCCUUUGCCUCCAGAACAGCCUGAAUUCGUCUGGGAAUGGAAACGUUGCUCAAUUGGUAUCAAGGGAUUUUGCAUGACGCAAAAGGAACCGGGAUUUGUGGGAUCAGGCGUACAUUUAUUUAUUAAUUUAUAACUGGGGACGAUUCUUCUUGUUUUUUCUCCUUGUUUUUAGCUGAUAGGGGUGGAACCCGGUGUGGUCGUCUGCUGCAAUGGCUCAUUCGUGACAAGGGCCGAUGAAUUGUGCGUUCCGAGAUGCCGUUCUGAACACCAAUGUUGUACUGCCCUGUUAUUUGCCUGUUUGUGGCCCCGCCUGUUAGCUUGCACCAUUCUUGCCAUUCUCCUUUAACCUCUCAUCAACGAGCUGUUUUCACCCACAGGACUGCCACUGACUAUAGAUGUUUUUAGUUUUUCGCACCAUUCUCGGUAAACUUUAGACACUGUCGUGCAUGAAAAGCCCAGGAUGACCGUCCGUUUCCAUCAUAUCACGCUGAAAGUUGCUUAGGUCACUCGUUUUGCCCAAUUCUAACAUUCAAUCGAACAGUAACUGGAUGCCUGUCUGCCUGCGUUAUAUAGCAAGCCACAGCCACGUGACUCACUGUCUGUAGGAGCGAACCAGUUCCGUGAACGGGGUGGUGUACCUAAUAAACUGGCCUCUGAGUGUAUGUAUCAAGAGUAGGAGUGCUGAUCUAGGAUCAGGUCUCCCCUGUCAAUGUAAUCGUAUUAAUUGUGAUCUAAAACGCAGCAUUCCUACUCUGUGACUCUUGAUACAUAUGGCCACAGGAUUUAAAUUGUUAACCCUGUGUACUCCUCCUCAUGAAUCUGUCUAGCUGAUUCUUAACUGGGCAAGAAAGACACAUUUCACCUCAUAGGCUAGGUUAUACAUCGACAGCCAUAUUGGAGUGAGACAAAGGAUUGGUUGGAUCUAUCCAGUCAUCACAACUCCACUGGUUUUAUGCUGCUAUAAACAUAUUGAGACAGUAUGUAAGCUAUUUGUCACAGAAGUUCAGACCGUAAGAAGAGGUCAUUCAAGAUCAGUGCAUAUGGGCUACCGGUAUGGAAAGAAAUUUGUUUUUAAUUCAAGGAAGUUGUAAUUUCUCAUUUCUAUUUCUUCUUUCUCCUCAUUGGUGUGAUAAUCAUCCUACCAAACCUUGUUUUCAUUACGAUCUGGCUAUCUAAUCUGAAGUAAAGUGGCUGAAGGUGCAGCACAGGCCUAGCAACUGUAAUCCACAUAACUGUAUUUCAUCUGAUGGAAAGAGAUAUGUAGGUCUACUCUCUGUGGACAUUUUUCAGACAGGGAUAUAUCCAUUUGUACACAUCUUUUCAUGAUACAUUUUAAAGGGUGUUUACAUUUCGCAAUAAUGGUUUAAUAGAGUUGUAUUGAUUGAGAUGAGGUUUAUUCAGUCCAAUGUGUGUGAGGUUUGAGGUGUGUUGUUGAUGGAUCUGCAGGUCUGUUGUAUUUGAUCCCUAUUUUUAUGUGAAUCGACAUUGUAACUAAGACCUUUGUCUGUCAGGCCCCCUGUUGAUAAUAAUACAACUUUAUUGUAUACAUGCUUACAUUAGAAUGUGGAAAAAUGCAUGUUUCUGUUUUCUUGAUUGUCUUAUAUACAGCAGAUGUGCGCUUAAUUUACACAUGACUUAACUGUGCCAUAAGGGACUGUUGCCAAGCGUUCUGAUAGAUGUGUGUGGGUGGCUCUUGAAUGUUGAAGCCUUUUAAAGGGCCAGGUUAGGUAUCAGGAGGCGUAUGGCCAAGAUAUCUGUGUACUGUAUUUGACUGUUGAUCUAGGCCCAUUCAUUAGUCAGUCAUUGUUAUCAAUUUGGUACACAGGAAUAGUACCUUAAGAUGUGGAAGAGUACCCUAUGCUAAAGUCAUACUGUAUCUUGUUAUAUCAAUGUUGUCACAUUGAUGUACCUUCAAAAUGAGAGAAAAGAUUAAGGAUUGGCCAGUAGUGCUAAGCGAUUAGCCGACAUUUCGGGUUUAUGUUCAGUUUUUAAUUAACGACAUAGACUCAAUUAUUUUAAUUCCAUUUCGUAAAUAUUUCUUGCUCUUACCAGAGAAAGAUGCCAAAGCGAGAGGUUUCACUGUCGCCAAAAUAUGUCCAACAUAAGCCCAAUUCCUUUCUAUAUAUGGCCUUAUUUAGAACUUAAGCUUGUCGCCUGCCUUACGGGCUUUUGGACAACGACUCCCAUUGUUAGUGCGGAGACUUCAUUACGUAUUGACCUCUGGCUCAACGUGGGGUUUCUCUUCAGAGAUCAAGUAUGAGUUGUGGGACGUUGCAGGGAGGGGGUAAAUAACUACAAUGCCCAGAAUCCAUUGCGCCUCCAACGGCCUGCUCACAUUGGUUCAAGCCUGUGGGACCGGCAGAAUGAGAAGGAAGGAAAGACAGAAAUUCAUAGAACGCGUCACGAACGAGGGAAUCGUUGUUUAGGUAUCUACCCGACCGAAAAUCAAUCUAAUCGAUUGAUAGUUGUUAUGCAUCAGUCUUAAAAGUGUGCCUUAUCUACUUUGAAGAACAACUGAAACAGUGAUUUAGUCAGACAGCAGCCAGCUAGUUAGGCUGCUAGCCUAAAUAGGAUGAAUCUUUGGGGAGCACAGAGAUAGAUGGAUAGAUGGCUGGCUGGCUGGCUGCUAAUGUGAUAACGAUUUGGGAUUAAAUGAUAAAUCCUAAAAAAUUAUAAACUGGGUGGUUUGAGCCCUGAAUGCUGAUUGGUUGACAGCCGUGGUAUACCACGGUUAUGACAAAACACUUAUUUUUACUGCUCUAAUUCCGUUGGUAACAGUUUAUAAUAGCAAUAAGGCACCUUGGGGGUUUGUGAUAUAUGGCCAGUAUACCACGGCUAAUGUCCAGGCACUCCACGUUGCGUCGCACGUAAGAACAGCCCUUAGCCGUGGUAUGUUGGCCAUAUACCACACCCACUCAGGCCUUAUUGCUUAAAUAUACACUACUGAAAUAUUUGAUUAAUGAUUACGGAUGGUGCAUUAAAAAGUGGUAAAUAGUAAUGGGCAGUCACUACCAUCAUUUGGGUUUUAAUAAUGAAAUAAUAAAGUCAUCGUACUAAAAACAAAUAUGGAAUAUACUCUACCAAAAUAUGUUAUUUAAAGUUGCACUAUGCAGAAAUCGCACUGGCAUUUCCUGGUUGCUAAAAUUCUAAUAGUUUGCCUAAUUUCAGUUUAUGUAUAAAUCGCUGUGAAAUAUAUUUCCCAUAACCAAAAAUAUUGUAUUUUCAGCUGUUUGAAGCUGGAGUACAAAACUGAAAGUAAAAGACGCAAAACUAAACUUAAGAAUGAUUUGAAUAAAAAUAGUUAACAUAAAACCGAUUUACUGCUUCUUAGAAUUGUUUUCAAUGACAAUGACAGAUCACAGCUUAAUAAGUGAUAGUAAUAGGCAGUCACUACCAUCAAUUGUUGUUUUCUGUGUUUUUACAGCAUUCAACCCACAUUAAUGUUUAAAAAAAAUAAAAAAACGUGAUUAUUUUCUCAAACCGAAACCAAACCGACCUCAAAAAGCACUAAUCGCUCAGCACUACUGGCCAGUAACACAUGACUUAUGUUUGAAUAAGAAAACACUUAAUUAAGGCCCAAUAUAUGGCUAAUAAGACAUAAUAAAGGCCUUUAUGAGCUAUGUACAGCAUAUCCACCAGAGGAGGCUGUUGGGAGGAGCUAAAAGAUUACGGCUCAUUGUAAUGACUGGAAUGGAAUUAAUGGAGCGUAUCAAACAUGGAAACCACAUGACUGACUCCGUUCCAUUGAUUCCAUUUCAGCCAUUGCAAUGAGCCCCUCCUUCUAUAGCUCCUUCCACCAGCCUCCUCUGAUAUACACACAUAUAAACUACAACUUAGUGGCUAAUAUGUGUAUCUUAAAAUAAAGUUUUACCAUAAUUUAGCUUUUUUCCCUCUUUUCUGUAAUUUCAUUACAACUGCCUGACAGGCAGAUCGCCAUCAAGUGGUGUUUCUUGCCACAAUGAUGGGGAUUAUUUGAAACUAAGUAAUUUUCCUUCCACAGCCCCUCGAAAUGCCGCUCUAGGUCCAGAAUGCACUUAGUGCCAUAAUGUUACCAAGGUACUAACAAAGUAGCUCAAAAUCUACGAAAUGUUAUAGUGACUUGGUACUGUAUUUUCUUAAUGUUUUUUUGUUUGUUUAUUUAUUUACCAUUGAAUGCAUGUGUGAUAUCCACUGUUGGGUGACAAUGAUAUUGACAGGAGUUAUUUUCAUCCAGUCACAUGCUAAGCUAACACUCUUCUAGUCCAAUAAGACCAGAUCAAUGGAAACCUGUUGAACCUGUAUGUUAAUGGUGAUAAUAAUAUGUAUGUGAUGGAAUUUGUGCUGAUUGGUUGAUAGAAAUUUGGGGUGGGCCAAACUAAUGGACUGUGAUGUACACUAAUAUUGACUGAGUGCCAAAUGUCCUUGAGUACGAUGACUUUGACCAAAGGUCAGGGACACAACUUGCUGAGACUCACCAGGAACUCACACCAAGACACCCUCUGGUCUUGGUUUUACCUGCGGUAUGAAUGUAAUAAGCAAAGAGAGACUCUGUAUAGCUGAAGGGCAACUAUGCUUAAUGUUUCUAUCCUUGCUGAAAACAGAAAAGUGAGUGUUCAAAAGUUUUCUCAAUUUAAAAAUUUGCUAUGCGAGUUUCUUCUUCGUAUAUAUUUGCAUUUCUUGUAAGUAUGUGUCUCUCGGUAUGUACAUAAUAUAUAUGGGUAUGAUGCAGUGAAGGUCUUCUCUUGUCUUCAUUGGAGCUACUGUAACUAAGCUAUUUUUGCUACAUCUGUUGAAAUGUGGAAAGAUGAAACUCAUAACAUCUCAUUAUAUUUGGGGAAUAAAAAAUGUCAUAUACCAUCACUCUGAGAGAAGAUGACCCAUAUAUUACAGGAUGUUAUCUGUACCCCUCCUGUUCCUGUCCCAAUACAAAACUAAACAGGCAUGCCAUUUCGUAAAUGAAACUAUUUUGAUGAAUGCCAUAAUGGUGAAUACAUGCCAUUUGGUGAGAGUUAUGGUAUAUAAACCAUUGAAGAGUGUGACUUGUACGAAAAAUAUGUAUGUGACUAAAUGUAAUGUCAAAAUUAAAAUUAAACUGUAAAGAACAUAGUCAUCAAAAUAAUAUUUUAAUCCAAAGGAGAUUUUUUUUUACACUGAAUCAUUCCAUUGGAGGAAAUGAUCAAUAGCUGCCUGUACCUGUUAAAAUUGCCCACAGUAAGAUUGGAGUAUGUACAUUUCAAUGGAAUAUUACUUCAUAAUAAUCUUGUUUUACAAAAAACCUGAAAUUCAACAUUACAUACAUUUUUAGACUGCUUUUGGCAGGUGAAAUAUUGUUUACUACCUUACUUUGAGCAUGCACUUGGCGUCUGCCUGUGUAACACGUUUUUAUAAUUUUUUGUACAGAGAGCAUGGUCUUGUAAGUACUAGAGAUUUUGAUCCAGCUGUAAAUAUGCUUUAUAUAGUUGUCUUGUUGUGUUGAUACGUCUGUCUUGUUUCAUGGCUAAUGAUCCAUUGUGUCAUAAAGAGGAAUCUCACAAAUAAAGAAGAGCUUUUAUUGUUUUUA